CUUGGGAGAGCGGCGGCGGCGGGGGGGCCCCGCACUGAUCCCCGUCCCCCCGCCCGGCCCGGCCCGGCCCGGCCCGGUCCGGUCGCAGCAGCCGCAUGUCGGGGCCCGGGGCGCAGAGCCGCAGCCGGCGGCUGCCCGCUGACAUGGAGCAGGCCCAGCGGAACCUGGAUGCAGAGCAAAUGCAGCAGCAGCAGCAGCUGAAACUACGGGACCGGCAGAAGUUCUUUGAGGAGGUUUUCCAGCAUGAUGUGGAUUUCUUCUUCCCAAUGUCUCACCUGCAGAUAGAGCACCGGAGACCUCCCUUAGGCAGCAUUUCCUCCAUGGAGGUGAAUGUAGACAUGCUGGAACAGAUGGACGUGCUGGACCUGUCAGAUCAGGACACUGUGGAUGUGUUUCUGGGCUGUGGGACAGAGGAGAGCAGCAUUGCUGGGUCUUUGCCAGGGGCAGAUGCUAGCCAGUGCCCAGAGGAGAUCACCCUGAAAGUGCCCAAUGCAGCUGAGAGCAAGUCUCGCAUUUCCUCCACAUCCUCUGCCUCCACGGAUUUGAACAGCCUGGACACCAGCGAGGAGGGGGCCGAGACCCCCGUGGUGCAGUCGGAUGAGGAGGACCUGCAGGAGGACAGUCCCAAAGAGCAGGUGGUGAGAAGCUAGCAGCCAGCUUUGCCCUGAUCCCAGCCUCCUCUGUACGGACUUGCCAGCCCAGAAGAAGGAAUGCUGCUGGUGCUCAGUAAACCCCAUCCUGGACUGCUGCCCUGCCAGAGGGGAGAGAUGGUUUUCCCCUCCUCUCCCUCCAUGUGUUCUCCUGGCAGCCAAAGGAGAAGGAAAGGGGUAUUGUAAGCUCCCAAACUUAACUCUUCAGGCUUUGCUGCUAACACUCCCUGCUUCACCUCCACCCAUCCCCCAGCCAAAAUGCUCAGCAUCCCAGAGCCCCACCAUUCCCAGAAAGCCAUCCCUUAGGAUCUGAGUUCCCCUGCCCUACUGACAAAGGUUCUGUCCAGACAAGCACUUAACGAUGGCACAGAAAGAAAUAACACUGAUCUAACCAAGCAGAGGGUGUGCGUG